AUGGAGAAUUUUGAGAAGUUACUCAUGUUGAUUUGGGGUCUAUGGACUAAUCGGAACACAAAGUUGUGGGAAGACACUUCUGGUAGUGCUACUGACAUCAUGUUCAAGUGUUUCUCAUGGCUUGAUGAAUUCCAAAAGUCUAGAAUCACUACAUCUGCAUCGAUAUUGCCUACUGUACAGACUUGGAAGCCUGCCAGCUCUGCAGAGUUUAAACUCAAUUUUGAUGGGGCUUUUGUGCCCCAAAUGACUAAAUGGGGUCUUGGGGGGCUUCUCCGAACAUCCAGUGGACAGGUUGCUGCUGCUUUUCAAUCUGUCUCUCUCUAUGUCGCUGUUAAUGAUAUCCACAGCUACUCUUCAUUACAUACGGGGUAUGGUUCCCUUAUUGAGGAUAUUCACAGGACCUUGAAUAGUUCGCAGCAAGUGCAAAUUUGCUAUGCUCCCUGUACGUGUAACAUGAUAGCUCAUAGAUUAGCUAGCUUAGCCUUUGAGUCUGAGCAAUGUCGGUUUUGGUACAACUCAACCCCAGAUUGUAUUCGGGAUUUAAUUCAAAAGGAGACUCCCACUCCUACUUAA